AUGGGCCUGGAAGAUUACAUCCGAGCAAGAAGCGACCAGUAUCAUCCCUCAAGCACCAGAGAUGACAGGAUUCUCAGCCCUCGACAGCAACAAAAGGUACAGGUGAACGACAAGUUCGUACUAGGAAGUGGCUUUCCACCGUCAAGGUUCAUGCGGCCCUUGCCUUUGCCAUUCGUGGAACCAUUACCACCACUGCAACAACAGAAUGAUCUGUAUUUGGCACAACAACAGCCAGAAAAAAGCAUAUUUGACACCGAUGUUGAAAAUGUGGAUGACUCCACAAUCACAGUGACCAGCGUUGGUGAUAUUGAGGCUCAAGAUCAUGCUCACGGCCGGGGAGGAUUAUUUGGCCAUGAUGUGAUCUCACAGGACUGGGAUGCAAGUGAGCUCUCUUCCGAAUCUGGCCAUACCCAACAUGAAGACCAAAUGGAAGUUACUACUACAACAAACCGCCGCAGGAAAUCUACGCUUCCCUCGGCAUUGGACAGCGGCAAAACCACCUAUGCCGACGAGUACGACUCCCAGCCCUUCGACUGGAUUCUUCAAUCUGAAGCAACACAUCGACCCGCUUCCGCAAACAACAACAAAAGUAAAAGGAACUCAGUGGACAAGCCAAAUGCAUCGCGAAUACCCAGGGCUAAAUCCCGCUUGUCACUACAACGUAGCGAUAGUGACCCUGGGGCUCGUCCUCGUUCUCGAAUGGCAACUGAAAAAGAAGCAACGGCAACAAAUAAUACCAGGACAGUGCAACUGCCGAAUCGUCCUGGGCCUGGAUAUAGGAGGAUGAGCACCUUCCCUCAAAGUCUGACUACCACACCAAAUAAUCGAUUCAACUUUAAAAGUGAACGUCCUUAUGAGCGGCUCAUACAGCAACAAUCACCUACGCGCAAGGUCAGUGGUCCACGACCGCAGCCUGGACGACGAGAUUCCACAAGCCCUCGUAAAACUGGCCAGGCAAGAAGGAAGCUUGAACUGUCCUCUUCUCGCGUAGCCAGAGACACGUUAGAUACAACUGAUGAGGAGGAGGAUGAUGACGGGGACGAGGGCGCGGACAAGGACGAUGACACCACCCAAGGAAGUCUUAGCAGUAUCAUCCCCGAAUCACUGUCCGACAUCACGCAAAGAAAAAUAUCCGUAUCGACUAUAUCAGACAAGCAUCACCUUCCAAAUCUCACAUCCGACUACCCCGACGAAAUCCUACAACAAAUGGACUUCACGGAACUCGAACAAGAAUCUUUCGAUCACAUCCCCAACUCCUUAACAACCAACUCCCCCCUGAUCACUAACAGCACCCCACACAAAAAACCACCACCUCCUCCCUCCCCUCCACCACGAGCCCCAGCACCUCCCGUCUCACCCCCAGAACCCACAGCCCCAGCCUCCGAAAAGCUCGACUACGCCCUCAACGCACUCUCUUCCGCCCCUUCAAAACGCCAAGAAUACUUAUCCUCAAUGACCAUAACCGAAUGGGAAGACUUUGGCGACGAGCUAAUUGGACAAGUAGGCGAAAUGCUCAAAUUGAUUAAGGAGUCGCGGCAAUCGCGUCGCCGAACCACGGCCUUGUUUGAGGCUGAGAUUCGGAGGAGGCAUGAUGAGACGCAGCAUCAGUCUGCGGAUUUGGAUAGGAAGUUUGCCGAGAUGAAACAGGGUGGGUUGGGGGUUUUGAGGGGGUUGAAGCCGGGGGUAUAA